AAUACUUAUGUUAAAAAGGUGGAAUUGAAGAAACUGGUCUUACUUCUCUUCCAUAUACCACCCCAAAGGAAACAAAAACAAUAACAAAAAGAAGAAGAAGAAAAGAAGGAUACUCCAAUGGAACCCGAAACUUCGCAAUUCGAGUCGAGCGAGAUGCUGGCGACCUAUCUGGCCUCCACGCCUCUGCUCGAGGACUCCUGGCGCCUCUGCAGCCGCGCCAACGCCGACGCGCCGCAGAGCUUCCUCGUCCACUGCGCCGGCAAGGUCGGCUACCUGGCCUUUUCCGGCGUGCAGGGGGUGGAUUGCACGGAGGAAUCGUGCAGGAAGCUGGUGGAGGUCGAGGUUUACGCUAAGGGACUGUUUGGUGGAUUCUGUGCCCGCGGAGAUGCCGAUCGGGAGCCGAUUAUGGUGCAUGGUGGCCUUCUGCAGCUCUUCAUCAUGUUUUUGAACACUCAGAAUUUCCUGAGCAAGAUUGAUGAACUACUACUGAAAGGAUGCAAAUCAAUUGUUUGCACUGGUCAUUCACUAGGAGGAGCCCUUGCAUCCCUUUCAGCCCUUUGGCUCCUCUCCACUGUUCAGACAAACUCACCUUCCAUUCAAGUGUUGUGCAUCACAUUUGGUUCACCGAUGCUUGGAAACGAAUCAUUCUCCCAGGCAAUCCUCCAAGAGCGAUGGUGUGGCAACUUCUGCCACGUUGUGGGGCAGCAUGACAUUGUACCACGAAUGCUCUUUGCUCCAGCAACUCCGAUCAUGAAGGAGCUAGUCAUCCUCUUCCAUUUCUGGCAGUUAUCAAUGGCUUCGCCGUGUCUUGGGCAGCUUGCAUCCCAGUUGUCCUAUGAGGACGUAGUUGAGGUGUUCAGGUUGGUGCUGACUUGUGCUGAGAAGAGAUGUGGAGAAGCCAAAGACCAAGAAGGAAGCGUGUUCUGGCCGUUUGGAGGCUACUUGUUCUGUACUGAUAACGGCGCGGUUUGCUUGGAUAACAGAGUAGCUAUUGUCAAGUUGCUAUACUUGACGAUGUCGAAGGGCUCUGCUGUGUCCUAUAUAGAGGAUCAUCUCAAGUACGAGAGCUACGUUGGACGAAUUUGUCUGCACUAUCUACGGAGAAGGAGCUUGACAGAUGUCUCAUUUUCUGAGUCGAGCAGUGAAGCUGGGAUUGCAUUUGCGUUGCGUUCAUCAGGGAUUGAGUUUCAGGAAGCGAUCUAUGGUACUGCCAAGAACUGCCUAGCUAUGGCGCGACAUAUUGGAUGCAGGCGCAACAUCAACAAUGCUAAGAUGGCUGUUUUAUUGGCCAAAGUCAAUCCUCUGAGGGCUCAGAUAGAGUGGUACAAGAAUUUUUGUGACCAGUCUGAUGAUCAGAUGGGUUAUUACGACGCUUUUAAGAACAGAAACACAAGGAGAGGGUCGAAAGUGAACAUGAACCGUCUUAAGCUUGAAAUUUUUUGGGAAGAUGUGAUCAAUCAGUUGGAGACGAAUCAACUCACUCAUGAUUUUCACAAGCUGUUAAAGUAUGUCAACGCGGCUCAUACCUAUACACUCCUUGUUGAACCUCUGGAUAUUGCCGAGUAUUACAGAACAUGUAUGCACAAGAGCAAAGGCCACUACAUUGAGCACGGCAGGAAGAAGAGAUUCAAGAUUUUCGACAAGUGGUGGAGGGACAGAAAAGUUGGAGAUGAGGAAAGCAACCCGAGAAGUAGGUUCGCUAAACUGACUCAAGACUCGUGCUUCUGGGCCCGGGUAGAGGAAGCAAGAGAGUGCGUGCUCCACCUCACCGGUGAGAGGGAUUCAGGGAGGCAGUCGGUUUCGUUGGACAAGAUUGUGAAGUUCGAACAAUAUGCACAAGACAUGAUUGCAAGGAAGGAGGUGUCUGUAGAUGUCUUUGCAAAGAACUCAAGCUACAGCAUGUUUAAAGAGGAAUGGGAAGAGCUGAAAUCUCAGCUGCAACUGCUGCCUCCUCGGUUUCCUGUUUCUCAAGAAUCAACGGUGCAGGAUAUGUGCAUCGAAACUGAGAAUACUUAUAUUGUGAGGUUCUCAUGAUGGGAGAUCUGUCUAUCUUCUAUUAGUCAAGAAACCUGCAGCAUUCUCUUCUAGUCUAUCUGUGUUGCUGUGUGUGACUACUGUUUAAGGCAUAUACAUUCCCUUUAUAGUUAGGGCCAUAGAUCUCUAUCAUUAUAAUCUCUUCAACUUGAGUUGAAUAUGGAGUAACACAGGUGUAUCUAUCUAGUCUAGUUGAGAAAAAUAAAAUUCAAUAAAUUUGUGUA